AUGUUAAUCAUGCUGGUCACUGAGCUUUUGUUAAAUAUUUUCUGCCUUUCAAUUGGGGCUCUGGCCUCACAGAAGGCCUUUUCUAAUGACUUGUCAUUUGAAGAGUAUACGGAGCAGUCCCUCUUGUGGGCGCCUUAUAGGCCCAAUUGUUAUUUUGGCUUACGCCCACGUAAUGUGGAUGAAACGCCAUUCCAAUUGGGUAUUAUGUGGUUCGACAACUCCAGAACUGAUGGUGUAACCAGGUUAAGACACUUUGUUGACCAGGGAGAUCAUUUGAAUAAAUAUGGUUGGGAUGUCUAUGAUCCCCGAUUGGGUGGUAGAGAAACUAUUAUCGAUGAUGAUAACAAUUUGAAUUUGACCAUUUAUUUCACCAAGAGUCACAACGGCCAGAAUUGGGCAGUCAGGUUGCAUGGAGAACCAAUUGAUGCUAACAGAGAUACUACUGCUUCAAUUAUACUCUACAUGAACCAGAAUGGUGAAAACUCAAACUCUAGAUUGGUUAACAUGGGCUCUAAGAGUUCUAAAUCGAUGAAGUUUCAUGGUGUCUCGACAGAAUUGGGUGAAUAUGAGAUUUCUGUCAAGCGCAACAGCGGUAAACUGUUCAAAGAUCGUGCUUUAUCUUCGAUGGAGAUUGUUCCCGGUUGUGAUGCAUCUAAGACUUCUCACCUUUCUAUGAAUGUCCCGGAUGACAGUGUCUGGAAAGCAAAGGAUGUCUUUCAAACAUUAUUGGCAGAUUCAGUGAAAUCAAUUUUGGAAACCCAACCCGAAGAUGUCCAUACUUCUUUGAUCCCCAGUGUUUUCACAGUGAGAAAUAUCUAUGGCUUGCCUCCUGGCAAUUUCCACUUUUUGCAGAACACAUUUGAUAAUUCUGAUCCCAAGGGAUUUGAACUAGACGUGGUAUACAACAAGGUCAAAGCGUCAGAAAGGAUUUCCUCUUCUGAAGAUGUUUCCAAUUUGAUUUCUUACACUUUAGCUGAAGUUACCGCUAGAUUUAACAGGAAUUUCCAAUUCAGUUUCCAGGAUGAAGAGCACCGUAAAUUUGCCAUGGAGACGUUAUCGAAUCUUUUAGGUGGUAUCGGAUAUUUCCACGGUAAGCAACUGGUGGAUCGUACCACCGAGUUGGAUGAGGAUACUUUUAGAGAGGUUCCAUUCACCCAUCCUCAGGAAGAAGGUCCUUUGAGUUUAUUUACCAGCGUCCCCAGUAGAGCCGCAUUCCCUCGUGGAUUUUAUUGGGAUGAAGGGUUCCAUCUAUUGCAGAUAAUGGAUUACGAUUUUGAUCUAGCUGUAGAGAUAUGUUUGAGCUGGUUCGAACUUAUCGAAGACGGUGGUUGGGUUGCAAGAGAAGUGAUACUAGGUGAAGAGGCUCGUAGUAGGGUUCCUGGUAGAUUUGCGGUCCAAAACCCACAUAUUGCCAACCCACCAACAUUACUGCUAGCAUUUAGUGAAAUGUUGGGUAGAGCCAUUGAACAAGCAAACCAAGGUUCUAUGAAUAGAUUCGGCGAAGAAGACGCAACUGCAGGAAAUAAUCAGUUAGAAAAUAAUAGCGAAUUGUUGAUCACCUAUGCACAAAAGAUUUAUCCUAAGCUACUCAAGCAUUACAACUGGUUUAAAACAUCCCAACAAAGUUCCCUAGAUGAUUAUUUGGACAUUUUAGAAGAAGACGGCAUUUUGGACAAGGUUUACGUAAAUGAAACUUACAGAUGGAGGGGUCGUACAGUAACCCACUGUUUACCUAGCGGUAUGGAUGAUUACCCAAGAGCCCAACCACCGGAUGAUUCAGAGUUGGAUGUAGAUGCACUAGCAUGGGUAGGAAUUAUGACCAGAUCGAUGCGCCAAAUUGCCCAUAUCCUUGGCCUCGAAAAGGACGAGCAGAUGUACAGUGACAUUGAAUCUCGUAUUGUGGAAAAUUUAGACGUCAUUCACUGGUCUGAAGAAGACGGUUACUACUGUGAUGUUACUGUUGGAGGUGAGUGGGAUGACCAGCGCAGUUUCUCUUGCCAUGCAGGUUAUGUCUCAAUUCUACCAUUCGCAUUAAAAUUGAUGCCUAAGGAUUCGCCAAAACUGGACCAAAUUGUAUCUCUACUGAGCGAUUCCAACAAGUUAUUUUCUGACUACGGUAUUCUAUCGCUUUCCAGGGACGAUGAAUAUUUCGGUAAGGAUGAAAACUACUGGAGAGGUCCCGUGUGGAUGAAUAUUAACUACUUGGUCCUAGAUGCACUGAAAUUCUACUACCCAGAAGUAGUUUCCAAGGACAAGAAGGUUCCUUCAGAUGCCAAGAAACUUUACCAAGCAUUAAAACAGAAUCUCAUUGACACAGUAUUCGAUAAUUGGGAGAAAACUGGUUACUGCUACGAGCAAUUCAAUCCAAAAACUGGUAAAGGUCAAGGUAUAGAACAUUUCACAGGCUGGACUGCGUUGAUCGUCAACGUCAUGGGUCAUGCUUGA